AUGCUAGCCAGCUAGCUAGCGGCACAACACUCCUCAGUAACGUCCACCCGAGCUGCCUGUGAGUCGGAGGGCCACCAUGGAUCUGAACAAUGUCUUGUCGCGGCUCGAAGUGGCCGACGGGGGAGAGACCGAGGAGCUCCUGCGUCGGUUCAACCGCGAGAACAAUCACGUCUUCACUUUUGACCAGAAGGAAGAAGCCCUGCGGAGAAAGCUGUGUCAGAGUGUGUUGUCAGUCCUCGGGAGGCAGGUGCAGCCCGCCUGUCAGAGGACGUGCCUGGAGACUCUCCGCAUCCUGUCCAGGGACAAGUGCGUCCUCGCACCGGUCGCCACCAGGGAAGGCAUGAUGACCCUGGGAGCGAUGGCGAGGCUGCGUGCGGGAGAGGAUGGAGGCGAUGACCGGAACAGCUCUCGGGAAGACGCGCCGUCUGAGGAGGAGGAGGAGAGGGUGGUGGUGGAGGCCUUGAAGUGCCUGUGCAACGUGGUUUACAACAGUCCUGCCGCUCAGCAGGUCAGCGUGGAGGUGCAGCUGGCCAACGGCCUGUGUGCCAGCCUGCGUGCAGCCCGCACGUGGCACCACGAGGUGGGCCUGUUCACACUGCGCCUCCUCUUCCUGCUGUCCGCCCUGCGGCCCGAUGUCCGGGGGGUCUUGCGGAGAGAAUGGCAUGCGGUGAAGCUACUGACUGAGGUCCUGGAGCACACCCUGGACGUGUGCUGGGUCGGCCCAUAUGAAGCCGCCCGUCCAGAUUCGCAGGCGCUGCCCAUGCCUGCGGAGGACAAUGAGCGAGCAAUGGAGGCACUCAAGGCCUUGUUCAACCUCACUCUGUUGGACGCUGGUGAGGAGGAUGACCACCAGUUCAGGCUUAUCGCUGCAAUCCUGCGUCAUCUGUUGAUGCUGAAGACAGAGACAGAGGAGAAAACAGAGGAAGCACACAGCCAUGCCAUCAACUUGCUGAACAACCUGCCUGUGUCCUGCCUGGACGUGUUAAUCGACGUGCCUGUCCAGGGAGGACUGGAGAAACAUGGAGGGAAAAACGUUGAUGCAGUCCAGGUGUUAAUAGAUUUCAUGGAGAAAAGGAUUGACAAGCAGGGCUCCAACUACAAAGAGGGGCUCACUCCAGUGCUCAGCCUCUUGACCGAAGGAUCCAGACAGCACAGAGAGAUCCGCAGAUAUAUCAAAGCUCAGGUACUUCCCCCACUGAAAGAUGUGAAGAUCAGGCCGGAGAUCGGCACCGCCAUCAGAAAUAAGUUGGUUCGCCUUAUGACUCAUGUCGACAUGGGUGUGAAGCAGACGGCGGCGGAGUUUCUCUUCGUCCUUUGCAAAGAAAGCGUGGACAACCUGUUGAAGUACACAGGAUAUGGCAACGCAGCAGGACUCCUGGUGGCUCGAGGACUUCUCGCCGGAGGGAGAGGAGAGACUCAGUACUCCGAAGAUGAAGACUCGGACACAGAAGAAUACAAGUCCGCAAAACCCUUCAUCAACCCCAUCACUGGUCACGUGGAGGAGCCCAUGCCAAACCCCAUAGAAGAGAUGACGGAGGAGCAGAAGGAGUACGAGGCCCAGAAACUGGUCAAUAUGUUUGACAAGCUGUCGAGGCAGAACGUGAUUCGACCCAUGGGUGUCAGGCCGGACGGGACGUUAGCGCCUCUCGAAGAAACUCUCCGUGAUACAUCUGAGGACAACUCAGGAUCAGACUCUGACUAGUGCUCUGCACACGAAGGCCACAUUUCCCAGACUAAGCCCACCAGGCCCCCACCACAUUUAAAGCUGUGUCCCAUUUCAAGGGCUGACUCCUUUCGAAGGAUGGUACCCAUGAACGUGGGUCCUGUGGUCACAGAAACAGAGCGUAGAGCUGGAUCAGUAAACUUUUAACUGAAAGUAACAGUGCCACAUGUUGUAGUCCUCAAAUUGAUCUACUCACACAGAAACCAAGACUAAUGGUGGCUCCUCUUUUCAAUUUAAGUCCAGUUUAUCGCCAGGAAUUUGACCCAAAUUACCCGACCAGAGUCGACUACAAUUUCUAAAAUGGUGUCCUCUGUCAGACAUCUAUUUUCGACAUCUUGCUAUUUAAAUGAUUACAGUGCUUUGUUCUAGUUCAACUGACAUUUAUCAAUGACUGAUCACAACUCAGACACAAAUACACUUUCAGCUAAAAUGUGAUGUGGUCAAGUGACAUGUUCUAUUUAUAUACAUAUUGAGAGGCUGCAGAGAAAUCAACCUUUUGUCAGCCUCACUGAGAGAACCGUUUGAAACGGUUCUGGGUCUCAUACGAUGUUUUCAGUCUAGACAUGGAGCUUCUGUUGAUCCAGCUCUGAAGUGGGACACGGCUUCACAUUUCACAGGAGAAUGUCGGGGGUCCCGUCGCCGCUGUACGCACUUCUCCAACGUCGAAGUGGACUUGACAUUGCAUGUAUAGGAGACCUCUGCGGUUACUGUUGCACCUUUAUCAUUUAUUUUCCUGCUCCCUUAGCUGAGAGGAUAGAGGUAAUGACAUAAUUUUCGCUGGAUCUUAUGAUUCCCAUUGAAAACACUUGUCAUUGUUAAAGUCUAUUUGGAUCUAAAUUAACAUUCCUUCAUCUGUGCUUUUGUUUUUUUCUGCAACUUGCUUUGUCCACUGUUUUGUAUUUCUAGAUAAUUUAAGUCCACAUGAUGAAACACACAAUUAAAACAAUGUUAACGGUGAAGUUUCUCCUUGGUUUAAAAUCACGGGGCCUGUCCACACUGGACCACAGGAUCUGACGUAGAGGAAAUCAGGCAGUGCCAGUGUGGACAGUUUGGACUGCAGCUCACAGUGACUUUAUAUUUCUUUGUGUAAUGAUCCUGAAUGUUGCACAUCAGUUAGUUGCCAAGGAAACUUUCUGAAUCCAGAGCCGUUGGCUCACUGCUGUGUCACUGGAAAGUGUUUUGAUGCAAGAAAAUUGCAUGCUACAUUUUCCCGUGAUGGACAGUGGUGAACCGAUAGUUCUCCGACUGUUCUGGACUCAUGGCAGAGAAAUGUUCCAAAUUGAAAUGAUUUUCUAAUCUACAUUUCUCUUGCCAAAUCUGCAUGAUGUUAAAUCAGUUUUAAGUAAAGUGAUUUAUAUUCUAUAUUGUAAUGUUUGCUAAUUUUAUAUAUCUAUAUAAAAAAAGAUCCAGUGUAGUCUGUUUAAACUGAAUAUUUCCUUUUGUUGGUACAAUUUUUAAUUAAGUGUGGAAAGUUGCCACCCCUGAAGUCAGCUGCAUGAUAUGAGAGUUUCCCUCUGAACUAAAAUCUUAUUUUAAAUAACUUAAAAACCUUAAAAUUGCUGAUUACAAUCUAGAGACUGAAUAUUGCUUAAACCUGAGAACAUGUUUCAUUAUUACAAGAUUUGGUGACUCAAGCUCAGUUGUUCAAUAGUGAAUAGUAAUGAACACAUUUUUCUCCUGACUUGUGAAUCACCUCUACUGCCUCCUCACACAGAAUAAUGCAUAUAUGAUUUUGUGUGACAAAUUAAAGGGAGAACCAACCGUCAAAGUGUCUUGUGAGGUGUCAGGCCACCAUGAGCAGGUAGAACAGCUCCAACACACUUCAUCAUAGAUCAGCAGUCUGGCCUGCAAAGGCUUUAGCAUAAGAGUCACAAAAUGUCCAGACUAACCAAACCAUCCAGUGGCCAUUUUUUUGUCUUCACUCAUUUCCCCUUUAAUUUGUCAUUUGUAGAUCUGUUUCUUCUCUCACACUCCCAUGUAAAUGCCUUCUUUAUUUCUUCACAACCAUUGUGGGAUACAUUCAAAUUGCAUGUCGGAUCACAUACUCUCUUAUCUGGAAAAGACUAUGUCAUGGGAAUCUUUUUGUUCUUUUUGCACAUUCUUUACAAACUGUAAAUAGCACCACUCUUAGUUCAUGUACUGAGGCGUACUACUGAAAAGUUAAUAAAAUGGAGAAAAAAGA